AGCUGCAAGAAGAAACAAGCUGGAAAGGUUCACAUGAGACUUACCUCUUCAGUUGGCGCACUUUGUAGGACCUCUUCAUAAGCUAGACUGAAAAAGAAAUGGAGCACCUGGAAAACUCCACAGCAUCACCCAAACGGCUCUUCCUGCACACACAGAGCACUGCGGGCUCCCAGGCGGACAAAAGCGACGGGAACGCGUACCUGUACAUAUUAAUAGUCAUGUCUUUCUACGGAGUCUUCCUCUGUGGUAUAAUGCUGGGCUACUUUCGCUCCAAAAGGAGAGAGAAGAGGAGGAUCAACAUCUUCACGCGCCUGGUGCACGAGGAGGAGCAGCGGGAGUGGGGCGCGAUGCCCAAGAAACACAGCCUCACCUUCCCCUCCGCUGUCUCGGAACUGCGCUCGGUGCAGGUGUCCCUGCCUUUCUGCGGUAACCACGGCAACCACUUUGGACCCCUCCACUACGAGGGCGCGCUGCCCUCUCCGCUCGCGUGCGCGCUGUGCACGGAGCAGAGCAGCAUCAGCUCCCUGUGCUCCUCCGCGGACACGCGCUUUGCCAUAGAGGAGGAGUCGGCGGAGGAACCGGGAGAGAACAUGAAUGGAGAUACCGAGACCAGCGCAGGAAAACUGGACAAACAUCAGCUGGAGAGAAAACCAGGAGGUUCAAACAGUCCACCCAUCAGCAACGGUUAAAUCAUCUAUAAAAACGCCCCAAACUAACAUCCAUGAAAUGAUAUCCAUGAAAGGGCUGGAAAAAGUCAAACAAGACUAUGUGGCCAAUGUGAGAUGUAUUAGAUUUUAGUCAGCAAAUAGCUGACAGUUCUGGGCAUUGGCCCAGAAUAGUUUUUGCUUGGUGUGUUUUGAACUGAUUUCAGAAAUGUGACUCAAUGCAACACCUCACCAUACCAGUAACAACAUGAAACCGCACAUCCUUUAGGCCUAACGUUUUUAUUUUUAAUUCUUCAAUUGUAAAUUUAAACAAUAAGUGGUGAGAGUGAAACACAUGAGUGUAAUGGUGAUUUUUCUAUAUCCCAGUUAUAUCGGGAUAACCUAUAGAUAGUCAUGUCAUUAUUCAGUUCAAUUCUAUGGUAUAAAACUUUAUUUAUGCCUGCAAGGGCAGUUAAGUAAGCAGCAGUAACUCCCCCCAGUCAGGUCAACAUACACACAUCAAAGGCUAUAUGCUGGAAUCAUAAAUAAAUAGGCCUACAUCAAUAGAUAAAUCUGAAUCUCCAAAUAUAUCUAAAACAAGCAGUCGUACAAAAGAAUAAAAUAAUAUAUCAUAAAUGUAAUGAUACUAUUAUAACAUAUUAUUUCAUUGUAGUAUGACUUUGCUUUAUUUGUUGGUGACCCCUCCCUGCCUGAGCCCCCUCCUGACGCCGCAUUGAGAACCGGCUCACUGGUUUGGGCUGAUGACUCACCCUGCAGGGGACUGACUGAGAGACUUGCUUUCUGGCUGUGUGGAUUGAACUUGACUUCCUCUUGCCAACAUGGUCUCGAGUAUUGAAACGUACCUGGAACCCACUUGAAAGAUUGUUUUAAUGUGUUUGUUGUAUUAUCGUGUAUUGUUCAUACAAGGUCAAUGAUGUAGGUUAACUUGACGGAAGCAAUGCUCUGUACAUAUUCUUUGUAUUUUUCACUUCAUAAGGCUUAAUUUAAGAUGGCAUUUUUGUUUCAGCUCAAAUAAAUGCUUAUGAAUUGA